GAAUAUAGAAAGUAAGGAUGGUAAAUUGGGACUAGGGUUAUUGGGAACGGAGAAAGGAUAGGGGGGAUAGAGAGGAGGGAGAAAGGAUAGGGGGGAUAGAGAGGCAAGAGAAAGGCCAUUUAUUCGGACAAACAACUGGCGUACUGGAUGAUAGACAUCGGAUGCUAGACGCGAGAGGCGGUGCCAAAGGACGGUGUCGUGGGCGAUGUGGACGGCUCGUUUCCUCUGGGCCGCGCUCUGGCCGAUCACAGCGAUCUAGCCGCGCCGCCGAAAAUGCAAUGGGAGAUAAACAGCGGCAAACAGCGACAGAUAGCAGACAGCAAGGACCAGUACAAACUGUACAGCGGACAACAGACGACAGCCAGGAUGGAAGGACGCAAAUGGAGAAUGGAUGCGAUGCGGAUGGCAAGAAGCGAGACUCGGGGCGGGCAGGAGAGGUAGAAGGAGGGGACGGGGUGGCGGGUGAAUCAAGACCCGCGGUGAGCCGUGCGAGAUGCAUGAUGGGCCCGAGUCGAGGUGCGUGGCUGCCACAUCUGUCUCUCGACACUUUCAGGAGACGUCUUGCUGAGGCGAGCGCUGGCAUGGGAUGUAUGGCAUUGCAGAGGACCGCUGCAUACCGCCAAGGACAGAUGCACGCCAGGAGACGGGAAGUGUGGGCGGACGUGUGGCAGGAUGGGUGUGAGGAUGACGCGACUGACUUGUGGGUGGAUGCCCUGAACUGUUGUGUGUUUCGCUGGGCGACUCUUCCAUCCAUCACCACCACAAGGAAAAUGCAAACGGCGCCCCAUCCUUGUUUUAAUGAUAAACAACAUCCCAUCAAUCCCAUUUCCAUCUCUCUUUCUUCUUUCUUCUUUCUUCUUUCUCCCUUCCUCGCUCACCCCAGACUUGCCUUCUUGCCGGCCUCACGCUCAUUAACGAUCCACCACGACCACAUCCACGACCGCAUAUGUCCCUUGCUUGAUACUUACUGCCUGCUUCCUGUGCCAGAGACCCACAACAAAAACAGCAACCCGCCUCACGUCGCUCGUUCACGACCCAACUGCCCACCAUGGCCCAGCCAGUGCUUCGCAAAUCCAAAUCCAACCUCCGCCAAAGGCUAGGCCUCGCAGUCGCAGCCUCCAGACCCACCCACCUCUCCCCUAUUGCUUCACCGUCCACCGCCAACCUCGCCUCGUCUACUUCCACUAUGGCGUCUGCCAUCUCGCGCACAGACUCUCGAUCGGCAUUUACGUAUGAUUCUGCCACUCCCAGUCCACCAACAAAACAGAUGGAUUUCGACACUGUAUCGUACAAUAGUGCGAUGUCGGCAAGUCCUGGUGAAUACACGGAAAAAGAUGACAUGUCUGCUUCAACCCUUGUUUCAUCCGAAAAUGCCCAUCAGCAGCAACAACUGACCCAACAAAUCACACACACUGAACCAUACCAACCCCCUACCCAAUUCCAUCCUCCAGGGGAAGAUACCCUCCAUCCAAACAUUGCCACGGUUACCUCUGGCGCUGACGAUAUCUUCUCCCUUACCGACCAGCAGCUUUCGGAUCGAUUCACAUUCAUCUCUGAAAUCGGAUUCGGCAACUGGGGGAGUGUAUGGUUGUGCAAGCCAAAACAUGCGAGGAGCAGUCAACUGUCAGAACCCGGAGGGGUUGUUAAGCUAGGAAAACAGGCGGCUGCUAGUGGAGGCAGCGGUGCUGGGGGUAAAGUUGCUAUCAAGCUUGUUCAUAGGAGUAAGACCGCAACUACCGCUGCAAGAGUCAGAGCGCUUUGGGGCGAGAUGAAGAUCAUUCGAGCGCUUCGACAUGAGCCUCACCCGAGUAUCAUCCAAUUUGAAUCCUUUGUCAUUACUCCAAGUUAUGCUCUCGUUAUCAUGCCGCACCUCUCCCACCUCAUCCCCGUCUGUCUUCCUCCUUCACGCGCAACCCCUUACUUUCGCCAACUCGCCUCUGCAGUCGGUUACCUGCACGAACGCGGUAUCACCCACAACGAUAUCAAACCCGCCAACGUCUUGUUGAGUCAUAAUGAUAUUCCCGUCUUGGUCGAUUUUGGUUUUGCCCAAAAAUGGGAUGUCGGCGCAAGAGGUAGUUUUUUAAGCUCGAUUAGUUGGGGGACACCAGAGUACCUUGAUCCCCAGAGAGCAAAGGGUAUGCCGCACGAUGAGCGUGCUUCUGAUGUCUGGUCUCUAGGCAUCACAAUGUUUGAAAUACUCAUUGGUAGGACACCCUUUGAAGCCGACGACCAAGAACAGUUCUCCACCCCCGAAGAACUCGUCAUUUACUAUGAGCGUACUCGCAAAGGUCAAUGGGUAGGCCAGUGGUCCAUUCCAUCCGGUAUCGAGACGUUGUUGCGCCAGAUGAUCAACCCUGAUCCGGUAUACCGUGUCACUGCGAUGGAAGCGUACCAUCAUCCGGCUUUGCAGCCUGAAGCGCCCAGCGUAAUUAUCACGCCCCACUUUGUCAGGGCUGCAGCGAGCUUUGAUGUGGAAGAACCUCUUCCUGCUCCUCCUGCUCAAACCCAUGCGGCAGAGGAUCAUACCCUGGCCAAGGAUGACAGGGAGAAGGAAAAGGAGAAACGUAAAUCCAAACGCAAGGCCAAACGCGACGAUGCCACAUCCCAUGAACCCCGCUCUCACUUCCGCUCUACGACUCCCGCCCUCGGCGAAUCUAUCAAGCAGCACACUUCUGUCUCGAAGCCGAAAAGAGAUUGUGAUGAUCUGGGCUCUAGAGUAGGAUCCGGGAUAGGUAGUGGAAAGGAGAAUGAGCAUAUGGAAGUUGGUGGAGGGAAAGAGAAGGAAAAGGAGAAAAAGCAGAGCAAGUUGGUCAUUAAGAAGCUGAGGAUGGAGGAGGAAGGGCACGACAAGGAUGCGGGCGAGGACCCGACUCCUACCAAGAUGACAAAGCCCGCUCAGCCACUCACGAUCAAGGAAUAUUCGUACAUCGACAAGAAGGUCGUGCCCCGUACUUCUAAUUCUCAACUUACCAACCUAUCCCGACCAAACUCUGCCAAUCCGCCGACAACAACAACCGGCAGCACCGCCAAUGACGGCAGAACCUCGAAAGAGCUUUCAAGAGCUACAUCCGCCCAGACAUUCAAAGAAACCAAGGACAAACGCAUCUCUACCUUCUCCUCUGAUGAUGCCCCAGAGAAUAAGGAAGCCGCAGUCCUUCGUACUAUGCGUUCACUCGAAGGUACGCAUAAGCACUAUACGGAUUCGCAGAGGGAAAAGACGCAAGAGGCGUUUGGAGCUAUUAAGCGGCCUGCUCCCGAACCACCUGCCACUGUUGAGAAAGAAGCGGCGAGGCCGACAAGUCUCGAUUCAGCACAAGCAUUGGCUAAUGGCGAGAAAGGGAAGACGGAGAAAGGCGAUGAAAGGAGGAGUCUAGGAUUGGACAGAACUGGCUUUGCCCUUGCGAGUGGUAAGGAGAAGAUUAAUGAAGAGAAGAAGAUACAGAAACCUAUGGCACCCCCUAUGUCACCGCCCCGAGAAAAAUGUGCCAGCACUUUGUGUGUGCCAACUCCGUCUCCACAAAAGACCAGACGACAAGGUGUCAGCCCACGCACCGAGAUUGAUGCUACCACAGGCAAAGUAUUCCCCGCUUCAGAUGAUGAGUCACCUUUGGCUGAGUUGAGGGACAAAAUCAUUGUUUCGGACCAGGAGAAGCUUGUGAGGUUUAGGCGAGUUUCAGACAGUGCGACAGAGUUGGGACGUGGAGAUGAUGUUGUGGAGACUUUGAAAGAGUCGACUGUGCUCAUCCGGAAUGCCCAUGCCCACGCCCAUCCUGGCCAACCGGCGUCGAGAGCAGCUACGCCUGUCGAGAUACACCAAGCCCGUUGCAGUGCGGAGAUCAAGUCUGCUCCCGACGUUUCUAAGCGAACAUCUCAAGAUUCGACUGCUUCCCGUUCUGCCUCCGCCUCAGGUUUGACACGUACGAAAUCCAUUGAAGCCCUUGCUAUGGACAACCGGUUGGACAAAAUGGCUUCCUGGAUAAAAAAUGUUGAAACAAUCAUUGAAGACGCGCGUAAAGCCGUUGCCGAAGGCCGUGAGCCCGGCUUACCCGUCCUCUCCCUCCCGGCCGAACUCACCACUGCCGAUCCAUCCACGAGCAGUAGUGUCAUUCAAGCAACGGUCGUCCAUCGCUUUGGUGUGACCCCAGAUAAAGCUACCGCUAUCCCAUCGCACCUGCGCACAAGCUCUGUUCAGGUGGAACCUGCUACCCCGCCCAGAUGGAUGACAUAUGCAGAAGCGGAAGAGAAGAUUCAAGCUGCUAAUGCUUGGUUGGAAGAGCAGCAGCAGGGGAGGAGGAAAAAGGAGAGACCGACGGUGGGGCAUGUUUUGAAGUUGUUUGGGGGGGAAAAGGAGAAGGCCGGGUCGAGGUCUAGUACACCCGAUCCGAACCAUCAACUUGUAUCACUCAAGCCCCCAGCGCAGACCCUUCGCGGCGUGCCGUCUACCCCCGCUCUUCGCGGGUCCAUCUCUGGAGCCGCAGCCGCUGCAGCAAGGCAGAGCAAGAUGCCACACCGCAAAUCUGAAUCCAAUCUCCGCAACUUUAAUACAAUGCCCAUGACUUCUUCUCCCAAUUUUGUCGCUGGACCUCAAUACGAUCCUGAUGCCGACGAGGAUCAUGACACCGCUGCCCAACACAACAAUAACAGAACCCGAUCCGACACUAAUACCAUUGCGUACGCCUCCCCUCGUCGAGUUCGAUACGAGACUCUGCUCUCUGGAGAACCAGGCGUGACCAAACAAGGCGCAGGAUGGACGAGCAGUAAUAUCAACGUUCCAUCGUAUCAGCGAAAAGGAGUGAAACCCUCAUCAUCUAUGGCUUCGCUACGCGAACGGGCGAGGGCGUUGUUGGGCGAUUCAAGAGAAAGGGAGAGACAUAUCGUUGACCUCUCCAGAAAACCUGCCUCGAGCGUGGACGGUCAUGCUCAAGGAUCUGGGGCAGGAGCAGGUGCGAGGGAAAGUUUGAAAGUGGAAAGACGGUCGUCAAGAUUGACUCUGAGAGGAGAAAAGGGUGUGAAGAAAGAAACCGCCAAUAAUGCCGCUUCUAACAGCAAUACCGAGCAUCCUGCUAGACCGAAUACGCCCGCUGCGGAGAGUGUGUUUGGUAUGAGGAGUGGUACAGCUGGUGGUGACAAGAAGAUGAAGGGAUGGGUGAAGAGCUUGAAGGGUGCCAUGGGAAUGGGCAAGGCUUAAUCUUUUUGGUUAUCCCCUUACGACUGCACGAUAAGACGACAUAACAAGCGACGAUUGAUGGAAAACGAUACUGACGAGUCGGAGUUGUUGAUAUCUUUUUUCUUUUUCAUAAUAUUUGUAAAGAUAGACGUUUUUCUCGCUGUGUUAAUAAAAUACACUUGUUUUUUUUUUUUUUUUUUUUGCUUUCUCAUUCCCCCCUAUUUUUGCAAUCUUGGACUUAGAAAUACUUUUACCUCACUUUCUUUAUAUACCCUUCCCAAGCAUGCCACUCUUUUAGCUGCCUCGCUCUUUUCACGCUUCUCUCUUCGUUGUUAGAUAUGCUAUGCGCUGUUGCUGCUCACUUAUGCAAGGCU